AUGAAAACUUUUGGAAAUCCACUCUGGAUUAUUGUGCUUCUUUUUCUUUUAUGUGUCCAAACCUCCUCAACUUUGGCCUACGUGAACAACACUUACCAUGAAUCUCGCAAUAACCUCACCGUUGUUCAAACAGUAGUUUACCGUGAUGAAACCAUUUUGGUAUUGUUAACCGGACCGAGUAACUCGUCGACGCAAACAGUUCUUGAGUUUCGUCUCAUUUUUUCAAAUGGGACCAUAAAACCAUUUAGCGUAACAAAUAAUUUGUUGGGGAUUCAAAAACACGUUUAUCAAAUACAUCCCUUGAAUUCUAAUUAUUUCAUUUUGGGUGACACUCUCAAUAUCACCGCGAUCUUCUCACUUCUCGAUUGGAAUGGAAAUAUUCUUGUAAAAAAUAUUUCUUCAUUAUACACCUAUUUUAAUCAACCUGGAUUCAUUACGUUCUUCCAUAAUGGAAAUCAGCAAUAUGACACUUCACCAUAUCAAUUGAUACUUAAUGAUGAUUCCGAUAAAGAAUUUUUCGGAUUGGCAUGGAAUUCAUCAUUCAUUCAUUGGGCAAUUUUUCAAUACAAGGACCCAAAGCAGGAAAUCUCUCUUGUUGUUAGUGACACUCUCUUAGCUUCACAACUAGUUAGCUUCAUGGAUGUCAGAGCAUAUAGCCUCAUUGAUGGGGGCUACGCAAUUACCCAAGUCACCUAUAACAUGAGUUCGGAAACUCCCCCUCGUCCUAAUGCUACAGAUAACCCUAACAAUCCAUGGGACGUGUCAAUUGUAUUUAUUCAUCAAAACUCGACUCCACAAAUGACUCAACCAUUUUUAAUUUACCAAACGCCCGAACUCUUGGACUCAAUGUACAUAAAGUCAUGCCAUGUAUCAAUCCAAGGUUCUGGAUACGAGUGUCUAUUAUCAGUAGUCUAUGCUUUCUCAUAUCAAAUCAAGCAACUCUCGUUUCUUUCUUCAGGCGCCAAUCUUGGGCCCAAGGUCAUAGCGCAAUUUGCCAAUUUUUCGUCAAGCUUUCACGGACAGUACAAAACUGAAAAUUCUCUUCCAUAUGGUGGACUGGAAUUUUAUGAGCCGAUAGCAUAUUCUGCAACAAAUGUGACAAAUCAGAUGACUAUUAGCGUGAUUCUACCAAACUCUACACGUCAAGACGUGGUCAACGUUUCUUAUGAUUUCUCCUCUUGCUCUCUAGGACUUGAUGCUCCUAGUAGUGGCAUUUAUUUGAAUAACACGGUAUGGAUCCUCUUUUCUUGCCCACGUUUGACGCCAAAUCAAUGGAGUCUAAUAUCGCAGGACUUGCCGAAAUACAUUGGAAAAGAUAUCGGAUAUCACAACCUUGCAAUCAACCAAACUAAUCCAAUCAUCGAUGCGUCCAUUUCUCUGAAUUCAUUAAGCCUGAUCAUAUCAUUUAAUUUUCCAGUCAUUUUAUCGUCACGAAAUAUCAGCAUCUUCAAAAGUAGUAAUGACGGUUUUCGCCAAACAAUUCCGGCUCAGUCAGGAUCAUGUUCAGUCAACAGCAGAAAUGUGAAUUGCACAGUUUUGCCAGUCACUUUUAAUCAACCUGAUACUGAAUAUUACGUGGUCGUGGACCCUGACUUUGUCCGGUCAGCCGAAUACAAUGAACCCUUGGCAGGGAUAAAACCCAAUCUUUGGAAAUUUAAAACUCAUAAUGACGACACACCAAAUGUAUAUGCAGAAACCGCCACAGUUUUGACUCGAUUCACUGCUCCCGGAACAACGUAUUUCCUUGGACUUUCAGAGAAUAAUCGAUCCGAUUUCUUGGACCAGUUACAAUCUGAACUGGCUGAAAGUGUUCCGGUCAAUUUAUCCCGCAUUACGAAAACAUCACGCUUUGUAGCAGACCCUGGCGUGCCUGAUCACCUGUUAUUAAAGUUUUCAAUUACCUCAACGAAUUCUCUAACAGAGAUGAAUACACAACAAAUAUUCGACACGCUAAAUAUCAUGUUGAAGAAUAAAGGAAUAUCACCUGUUGGAAGAUAUACCCACACUGCAUUGCUUGACGAUACAUAUGGAUUUAUAAUCACACCAAAUCUUUGGGAAAAAUACAGAAUAGGCAUUAUUUACCUCGUUAUUGGGAUUUUACUAUUGGGACUGAUUGUAUAUUUUGCACGUCGGAGAAAUCCACAGGGAAAAAGUUUUGAAAUCUUUAAAGUCGUUCUCAUUGUAUUGGAUCUUACCUUGGACGUGUUAUUUGUUGUUACAAACGGAAAAAAUGUUCCAUCUUUGUACACACCAGCUGUCGUUAUCCUUGUGUUAUCAAUUGUGCUCAAUUCGAUUUUCGCUUUUGGUAUUUUUGUACAUGAAAUUACUUCUAACAAAGAAUAUGUGGGAUGGUACUCGAAAUAUGGAAAAGUUGCCUCCUUGUUCACAUUAUUUGCCACUGCCGAUGUUGAAAUCUUGUUGUUCCUGCGUUCCGAGUUUGCCGGGUUUUCCGUUUUUUAUGCUCCGUUCACCGAAGUUUCACUCAGAUAUAUAUUUUUGGGUCGGACUCUCAACAUAUUUACCGAAAAUAUUCCUCAAUUUGUGCUUCAGAUUCUUUACUAUGAGAAUUCGAUUUCUUACGAUAUUAUUCCGUUAUUGACUCUUGUGACAAGUUCCAUUGUCCUUCUGAACGACUUAAUAAGUCACGCUUACGAACUUAUCAAAUACUUUUACUAUCGCUAUUAUAGUGCGCCACCUGACCAAGACAAAGCCUAG